GAAAAAAUUAACCUCAAAUAUCGACACGCGUUUUUGUCCUGUUUUCUGCUCUGUUUUUCUUGUUAAGUUUUUCUUGAUUUUUCUUAAUAAGUAGCCUCUGUUAAUAUUGUUACAAUGAAAAAGAAAGCAUCAACGGAAAUUGUAGAGAGUCCUUCGAAAAAAAUUAAGGUAUCCCAAGGUCCAAAAGCCAAACAAAAACGAUCUAACGAAUCCCCAAAAGCAAAGAAACUUUCCAAAAACAAAUCAAAUGAUCAGACUGAAAAAUUGCCAGAAUCCAAAUUUACUAAAGUUGUAAAAGGCACACCAACAAAUCUAAAAACUGUGAAACCUAAGAAAUUGCCAGCAAAAAAUGUUUCCAACGAUUCAAAUAAUUCCAAUAAGAAUAAGGGGGUUAAUGAAAAAAUUGAAGACUGGAAUAAGUUUAAAAAGGAGAGAAAAGAACUAAGGUUGAAACGGAUUCAGGCUAGGACAAAGGAUAACUUUGAUAGAAUACAACAAGCAAAAAAGAUGGGAGAAAAACUUAGAUUAAAAACAUUAAAGCAAGAGGAAAGGAACAAAGUAAUAAACCAGUUGCAUGGUUUGCUAAAAACUCACUAUGCAAAAUUUGUAUUGGCUCAUGAUACAGCCAGAAUUGUACAGUGGUUGCUAAAGUAUGCUAGUAAAGUUCUUGUUCAUCAAAUCUCUCAGGAACUCAUACCUGUAACAGUCAGUAUGCUACAAUCAAAGUAUGGCAUACAUUGCAUUAAGCGUUUAUUAAAAUAUGGGCAAAGUGAUAUUAGAUCGUCAGUGAUUGAUCAAUUAAAAGGUUCAGCUGUUAAAUUAGCAACUCACAGUCUUAGCGCUCCCAUAGUCGAAUAUGCUUUUUCAACCUGGGCGACCAAUGCACAAAAACAAUUUCUUAUUCAGGAGUUUUAUGGAGAUUUGUACAAAAACUCUAAAGACCCCAAAGUUAAACAUUUAAGAGAUGUUUACAGUGAAAAUGACAGUAUGAAAGCAGCCACUUUAGGAGCAUGCAAAUCGAACAUUAAGAAAGUUCUUAAUAAAUCCUUAUUGGACUCUGGCUUAGUUCAAUCAGUCUUGUGUCAAUAUUUAGAAGAGUGCUCACCAGAAGAUAGAGCUGAGUUGAUUUCAGAAUUGACAAGUCAUAUUGUAGUUAUAAGUAAUAGUAGAGAUGGUAGUAGGGCGGCAAUGCAGUGCAUUUGGCAUGGUUCAAAUAAAGAUAAAAAGGUUAUUAUAAAGUCUUUAAAGGAACAUCUGAUUGAGUUGUGUAAACAUGAAUUUGGUCACAAUACAAUUAUAGUGUUAUUAGACUCGGUAGAUGAUACUGUACUACUUCAUAAAGCUAUUAUCACAGAGAUUUUGAAAAAUGCAAAGGAUUUGGCUGUCAAUGAGUGGGGCAGAAAGGUUUUAUUAUGGUUAGUAGCACCUGGAGAUCCAACAAUUUUUCAUCCAAAAUUUAUAAAAGAGGUAACUGAUGGAAGAGAACAAUCAGGUUCGAAAAAAUCGCCUGAAUCUAGAAGGCAAGAAAUUUUGAAUUAUUCCAUUUCAACAUUAUCAAAUUUAGUUAUAGAAGAUACACAAUUUUGGCUCUCAAAUGGUUCAUUAGCUAUUGAAAUGUUAGCUAUAAUAAAAGCUGGAACUGGGUCUGUACUUGAAGAGGCUUUAUCAAGCAUUGUAAAAGUUAUAUCUGACGUAAGUUGGAGUAUUAGUGAAGGUGACAAAGCCAUUUUAGGAAUUGAACAUGCUGGACUUCACAUGACUCUAAAGAAAAUGACUCAAUUUUUUAAAACUUUACCUGUCGAUAAAGGCCCGACUUUUGGAAAAAUUUUAAUAGAUAAUUUGACAGAUGAAGUGAUCAGCCACUGGCUUAAGAUAAACAGAGGAUGUUUUCUUUUAGUAGCUGUGUUUGAAAACAAUGAAGAAAGUAUACAGAAGUUGUUGAAACGUAAAUUAAAACCUCAUAUGAAACUUUUAAAAUCGCAAACUACACCAGGUGCAGCAAUAUUAUUAAAGAAAUUGUAAUAUAUUUUAAUAUUUCAAUAAAAUAAAAUAUUAAGUGUA